AUGGUCCAAGAGCUGAGGCGUGCUGAGGUGUAUGUCAAGACGGUGGAGGAUAAAACACAGGCUGCAGAUUGGGCUUUGAAGAGGCAAAUGAUGCAUUCCGUGAGUAGGGGUGUUGAUUGGAUUGUAUUGGUGUCGGAUGACUCAGAUUUCUUGGAGAUGUUGAGGAAGGCAAGAGAAGCGAAUUUGGGGACGGUGGUUGUGGGAGAUCAGGAUAGAUCAUUAGGGAGGCACGCUGAGAAAUGGGUUCUGUGGAUUAGGGUGGAGAAUGAGGAAAUUAAGGAGAAUGAUUUGGAAUUGAAGAGCAAAAUAUGGAGGGAGUUUGGAGGGAGGAUGGAAGCUUUUCGGAGAAUGGAGUUAGAUGAUGUGAAGAUUUCAUCCUUUUCAGAAGUUGAUGAGGGAUAUGAAGAAGAUUAUGACUGGAUAGGAGCGAGAUUGGAUCAGCGAGAUAAUGCUAAUGCACAGCUUACAAUUGGGAAUUGUAUUAUUGAUGAUGAGGAGGAGGAGGGGGAUUAUUUAUUGGAUAGUGAAGAUGAAGAGUUGGAAGAUGCAUACUUUUGA